GCUCCAUCUCCAUCUUUCUUGCAUCUCUCUCAUCACAACACAACAAACACACAAACAGCGGUCAGCAGACUGCUCCACAAUUCCCAUCUCGUACUAGCAUACCCUUCUCCUCUCCACUACCCUCCUCUCGCGUUACCACUGCAUCUCUCUCCACACACACCUCCUCACAGCGUUACCACCCUCCCCCUCCAUCACCUCAUCUGCCUUGCCCCACCCACCAUGUCCAAGAAGACAUUCACAGCCGAAGAGAAGCGCCGUGCCAUCGAGCAAUAUCACGAGAAGAUCAGCUACAGCGCCCGCUAUUCUGACUCUCAUUGGGAAUAUCGCCAUGUCAUUCUCCCAAAAGCCCUCACAAAGUUCGUCCCCUCUGGCGUGCUGUCCGAGGACAUCUGGAGAGGACUCGGUAUCCGCCAGUCUCCCGGAUGGGAGAUGUACAUGCGCCACGACCCUGAACCACACGUCCUCCUCUUCCGCCGGCCAAAGGACUACGACCUGCGGCACCCGCCACUCGGCGCCUCGCGGCUGAUCAGCGCCGCCAAGUAGCGCGUACGGCUCCGGCGCUCCGGCGAGGCCAGGCGGCGACAUACCCAGCACACUAUGCAGAGUACCCAUCACGGACGACCUUGACGACCUGCGCCAGCAGCGCCCUGCGACACGACGCAUCCAUUUCCUUCACUUCUAAUAUUUUCCAGCGAGGCGCAUAAUGCAGAAGAACUCAAUGCAUGGUUAUCUACCACGAUGCGGCAAUGGGGUCAGCAAUCAGUAAAGUCAGUCGCGAGUUUGGAAGAUUAUGACACAACCCCCCUGAGGAAAGGGAUUCAGGCACCGCGGCCAUCUCACAACAACAUGACCACCGAAAAUGCAGAGAUU